GCGCGAUGGUCUUCGCAAUCUGUUAAGUCUCUUUUCUUUAGUAGGGGUAUGUAGACUGACCUCUUCCAAUCUGUUGGUCUCUAGGCAUCUUAGAGUUCUUAGAUCUCCUUGGGGACAGAAUCCAGCUGCAGGACUUCCGCGGAUUCCGAGGUGGCUUGGAUGUUACGAGAGGUCAGACAGGAACAGAGUCUGUCUACACCAAUUUCCGGGGCAAGGAGAUCAUGUUCCAUGUCUCUACAAAGCUACCCUUCACAGAGGGAGAUGCCCAGCAGCUUCAGCGGAAGCGCCACAUUGGGAACGAUAUUGUGGCCAUUGUCUUCCAGGAUGAAAAUACUCCCUUUGUCCCUGACAUGAUUGCCUCCAAUUUCCUGCAUGCCUAUGUGGUAGUGCAGCUUCAUCACCAUGCCCUUGGGGAGACUCUCUACAAGUCCUUUGCCCUGCCUGGGAGAAGCCCGUCGCGCAACCGGGGCAGCCGCUUCAAUGGGAGACGCAGUAGUGCCAUUGGCAUUGAGAACAUCCAAGAGGAGAAGAGCAGACGUUGCUGAAAGAAUACAGAAGGUACUGGAGAGUCCAGGACCCUUCUUUGACCUCAAGUCAGAUGGUUCCUCCAGUCCCAGUUCCCCAGAAUUCCCUAACAGGAAGUGCAACAGAAUCCCCUCCAGCCAGACAUCCGAAUAUUGUGUGAUGCAGCCCCUGUCCCACUCCUCAUCCAAUGUGAGGAGCUGUUGCAGAAGAGUGAGUGAAAAUGGAACGUCUGAGGAGGAGGAGAUUGAGGCGGUCCCCAGAAGCAGGACACGCUGGCUCAGAGUGCGUGGUUGGACGAUAAUGUCUGUACACCCAGCAGUACCAGCUCACCAGUUACUCGUCUGCUCCCUUCUGGCAGCGGUGCAGGCUCCAUGGAGAAGGGGAAAGGUGGCAAAGUGGAUGCUCAGCAUUACAGCCCAUUCAAGAGAAAUCUAUUCAACACAUUGAGAUUAUUGUUAUUCCUUCUUAUCCACCCUUCUACAUAAGAGGAAGCAAAGCACAGAUGUCGUGGAACAUGAGCAUAAACGAAAGUAUAACUAGCAUGUUUUUGGAGAGGUUUGCCAAGUCUUUACUCCAAAGAAGAGAAACUUGAGCUGCUAACUAUUUAUUCCAUGUUAUCCAUGUCUGUGUUCAAGACUGUGUUCCAAAUGACUGCUAUAUGAAUGGGAUGAAUGAGAUUUUCUCAAUCAAAGGAUUUGAUAGAAGGUUUGGAUGGCAUUCAUAUCUGUGGCAUGAUAAAAGUAAAGUGCAUAAAGAUUUUCUUAAUCACUAUGUGAGAAGGAGUCUAAUGAGAGUGUGGGUAAAAUAUAAAAAAUGGUUGGAAUGUAAAACUCCAUGAUGGCUAUCUCCAAUUGAAGCUUUAGCACGUAAAGAGAUCAAUAUGCAACCUGAAUGGGGUACCUAUAGGGAUUUGUUAUGUUUCCAAGAAAAGGGCUGUAAGUAAAAAAAAACCCUAACUGAAGUACAAAAUCUGGUUUCAGUAUCAUCAGUUAAAUGAAAUCGAUAAGAAGGAUCUUAAAGUUGGAUUUGAGGAUCAAAUGUCGAGAUUUGAGAAGGAGCUGUGUGAAAAUGAUGAAAAAUUAGUUUCUAAGAUGUACAAGCUGCUGCUUCUGGAGGAGACAAGAGAUGAAGUGGUUAAAACGACUAUGAUAAAAUGGGCUCAAGAUGCGGGUCAUAAUAUAGAUAUGGCAGCUUGGGGGAAAUUAUGGAAAAUGGAUUUAAAGUUUACCGCAUGUUAUACUUUAAAAGAAAAUUAUUAUAAGAUGAUGUACAGGUGGUAUUUAACACCCCCAAAAUUAGCAUUAAUGUAUAAAAAUGUUCCAAACAAAUGCUGGAAAUGUGGACACUGUGAAAGAACCUUUUUUCAUAUGUGGUGGUCUUGUGGGAAGGCAAAGGCUUUCUGGGAUAUAAUAUAUAAUGAGUUGAAGGAAAUUUUUUAAAUGACAUUUCCUAAGAAACCAAAAUCCUUCCUGCUGGGAAUAACGCAAGGAGAGUUUUCCAGAAGAAAUUUAACAAUUGUUAUGUAUGCAACCACGGCGGCUAGAAUAGUAUAUGCGCAGAAAUGGAAGAACAAUGAAAUGCCCUCCAAAGAAGAUUGGCUGAUAAAAAUUUUGGAAUAUGCUGAGAUGGCAAAACUUACAGUACUGAUAAGGGAUGAAAACCUGGAAUGUUUUAAAGAAGAUUGGAAACCAUUCUUACUAUACUUAAAGAACUAUUUCUCUAAUAUUGAUUUUUCAGCAGGGUUUGAAAUGUAGUAAUAAUAGCAGGUCGGGUAGAGUAAAAUUGAGUUUGUAAUGUUUAGGAUAUAUGUUUUCAAUUAUUAUAGCAAUGGUUGACUUGUAUACUGAAUCGCACAGACUGGUGAGUGGGAAGUCAAUAUUUAAGAUAUUGCAAAAACCAAUAAAAUUUUAAAAGCAAGAAAACCAGGAAAACAACACUUGUGAUGUACCAUAUGACCUAAUUUCAACUUAUACGAUAAAUCCAUUCUUUUAUAGGUUGAAGAAAAUGUCAGUUAAGAAAUGUUGUUAGUUUGUACAUUCCAUUACAAUUAAAAGCAACAUACCUAUCCGAGAGAGAGAGAGAGAGAGAGAGAGAGAGAGAGAGAGAUAUUUUCUCAAUCGAUGUUUGCUGGAGAAAAGUAUGUGGACUUU